UUGAAAUGUUCCUCGGUCAUCGCACAAACUAAUCUCUCUCUCUCUCUCUCGCCUUAUCCGUUAUAAUUCAAAAUCCCACUUUCUUAGCCAUUCCUUUUUGAGUUUUUCUCCUUUCUUACUAUAUGCGCUGAGAAUCUUGAGUUCUCGCCUCUUUAGACGUUUUUUCUUCCUUUCCGGUCUCUCAAGUCAUUUCUUUCUCUUGUAGCCGUUUAGUUAAGUCAAUGGGUACUUGUCUAAGCAAAAAGAAACUCUCUCCUCCUCCUCCUCCUUCUUCUUCGUCUGUUAAUAAUAAAAAUGCCGUGUUGAAUCACUCGGCACAAGCAAGUGUGGUAGCAGUACCAGCACCAGUAGAUCCCAACACUUCAAACAGAUCCAAAAACGACAUCCAACAAAAAAACCAGAUUCAAGAAGAAGAAGAAGAAAAAAAAGAAGAAAAAGAAGAGCCACCUACCCAGCAGGUGAAGAAAGAGAUCUUCCUCAUCAAACAUCGCAAAAGCCAUGACGACAGAGACCACCGAAACUCCGCCAAAAACCCACUUGAAGACUCUGAAUCUGCUCCUGCACCUGCUGCUGUUGUGAGGACUUCCAGCUGCACCAAAGAGGAGGUGGACGCCAUUCUCAUCCAGUGCGGGAGGCUCAGCCGCAGCUCUUCCGGUAAAGCCGCUUCCUCCUCCUCGGCUUCUCGCUCCCGAAAGUACUCCGGAUCCAAGAGGAGCUACGAUUUCGACAACAACCUUGUCGAUGACGAUAAUGACGGCAUCGUAAAUGACGAAGGAGCGGCGACGGUGGAGGAGAAGCGCCCCCGAGAGAGGCAGCGCAGCCACCGGCGUUCGUCGCCGAGGGGCUCGCCUUCUCCUCAAGACAGCAGCCAGAACCAGCAGCAGCGCUCUUCCAGCCGAGAAAGGCGGGUCAGCCGAUCUCCUGGAAGGCGCUGCUCGGCGGAGACUGCUGCGCCGUCUAGUGGUAAUGCUAAUAGGCCAGGAAAGAUGGUUUCGGUCCCAGCCACGGUUUCGUCAUCUUUGGUGAUGGACAAGAGCAACAACAUGGACUCCGCUGCCAAUGCCAAUAGCAUCAAGAGAAUUUCGGUGAAAAGAAAUGUGGGGGAGGCAGGCUCAAGGGGUGCGGCGUCUCCGCGUUCUCAGUCGCCAGCAAGAGGAGGCAAUGGAAAUGCUAAAUCCUCCAAUGAGCCACAAGCGCAGCCAUCGCUUAGCCGCAACUCGUCGAGAAAGGCAGAGCAGUCGCCAUAUCGAAGGAAUCCACUGAGUGAGAUUGAUCCCAACUCCUUGUCGUAUCCAAACCCUCACAACAACAAUGGUAACAAUGGCAGGGCACAAUCCAAAAGCAAAAGAGAGACUUGUGUUCCUGAGGAAGAUGAAAACAUCCUUGUCAAGGAACUCCCAACUCAGGCUCAGAAACCGAAUGCGGAGACUAAUUAUAGAAGCAACGGCAGAGUUUCCGCAGAGAACAAGAACUCACAACCAAAGCAAGCAAUGGUAGAGACAACUGUGGUGAUCUCUGGUGCUGAUAACAAACCACAACAAACAUUGACAAGAAGCAGGUCCUCUAGGCGAUCCCGAGACCUCGACAUCAACCCUGAAACUCUACUGAAUCCGAAUCCUACACCAUCUUAUACUAGACUACUUCUUGAGGACAUCCAGAACUUCCACCAGAAGAACAACAACGCCACUACCGCAGUGGUGUCCCUCCCGCCGUGCGUUAGCAAGGCCUGCUCCAUCCUCGAAGCUGUGGCAGACCUCAACUCCGCAACGGGUUCCAACCUGUCCUGCUCCGCCUUUUCGGAAGAUCAAUUUAACAAGGGAACCAAUAACGCCUACAGUUCUCUGUUGGGACCUGCUAAAGAGCCUUUUGUGGAGUCGGAAGUGAUUGUUGGCAGCGAUGACUUGACGGAGCCGAGUUUCCACAAGUAUGUGACGGUGAGAAGAGGUGGGGGCAGCGGUGGACUAGUAGUGGAUGCAGAGGACCAAGAAUCCUCAGGAAGCAACAGCAUUGCAGGUGGCAGCCAGAUACAGAACUGGGUGUUAUCAUCCUCUUCAUGGGAACCUAAUUCGGCAGAUUCAACGGAUUGUUCGACUUCAAGGUCGAACAAUAGAGAGGAAGAGAGUUUAAGUGGAAGGAUGAGCGAUUCUCACGCAGUUCAGCCGCAGCGUAAUAAAGGGAUUGGGCGGGGCAGGCUUGGCUCCGCCAAAGGGCUUCACGCAGUUCCUGUAGUUGCAGCAGCUGCAUCAACGUAGUACUAAUAGUGCUCGUAGUUCUCAGUUUGCUAAAUUUACUAGUGCUUGUUUUCUAGUUUGAUUCUUCUUCUUUUGGCUUUUUAGAGAAAACACUCCUGUGUGUUGUUGUUGGCUUCUUGCAAACUUGCAACAACCAUUUUUAAAUCAAAAGCCAUUUGAUUUGACCUUGGUGUUUCACAUUUGCUUUUCCAGACUGGCUUGGUAACUUAUGAAAUGUCUAAGAACGAAAUAAAACUUGCAUU